UUGUUAUUAUUGAAAUAUGAGAGAUGUCAGGUAUAAUUUGGGGUGACAAGAAGAAACGUAGACAAAAUCUGAUAGGAUUGUUAUCACAAAAGCCCAAUCUACAUCUUUGUGAAUAGGCCCAUCAUUCACUAAAGACUCCCUUGUGAAGUUGUAUCACAAACCAGUUGGAAUUCGCAGUGAUAUCAACUCGCCGGAGAAAGCAAAAUCUGGCCGGCAAAUCAGGCGGAGCAUCGUCGCAGGAAUUAAGGUGGAAAACUGGUUUCUGUUCGCAUGUUAAAACUGCAUAUAUUUUCAACAAUUAGUCUCCAUUUUGAUUGAACAAAGACAUGAGGAUUACCACCCUUUCGAGAUAUAUCAGCCGUCUCUCUCGGCCUGGAGCAUUUGCGCCUUUGCAAUCUCGAGCCUUCCAGCCUGAUGUUGCUACUAGAGAUUCUAAUGCCAGACCAAUUAAGUACAAAAUUCCUCAAUCUUAUGACCCUUAUGGCCCUAGACCUCCACCUUCAGACAAAAUCGUCCAGCUUGCAGAACGUAUCGCAGCACUAUCAGAAGAAGAACGCGGUCAUAUUAUGCCUGCUUUGUCAGAACGAUUAAAGCUUCCAAAGUUGGAGCCAAUUUCAACAGAAGGUAUGGACUUGGGUUCAGAAGGCGGUGGUGUGGGACCAAAGGUUGAGGAGAAAAAGGCAGAGAAAACAGCUUUUGAUGUCAAGUUACAGAAAUUUGAUACUGCUGCAAAGAUCAAAGUGAUUAAGGAGGUAAGAGCAUUUACUAACCUGGGAUUGAAAGAAGCUAAAGAUCUUGUUGAAAAGGUACCAACUGUUCUUAAACAAGGAGUCACAAAAGAAGAGGCAAAUACUAUUAUAGAAAAAAUAAAAGCUGCCGGAGGAGUUGCAGUUAUGGAGUAGAUUUUUCAGUCGUUGGGUUAUUGGCCUAGAUCACAAAUUUUACAUGAUGGUCAAUGUGUUUUUAAGUUACCAUAUGCAUGGUGAAUUAAUGGUUAGAAGAAAUUUCUCAAGGGAUGAAGUGGAUUUAAAGUUUGAGAACUGAUUGUUGGAUAAUCUAUUUGAAUAAAAAAAAUUCUUAGUCUGAGUUUUUCUUGGUAAUCAUGCUCUCACAUGUAACUGUUGUUUUAGUUUGACAUUUGUAAUAGUCGCAUCUAUUUUUACAAAUGGGAAUUUUCUGGAACUGUAGGGAAAAUUGUGGAUUAUCUGAUAUUUCUGUGAUUGAUAUACCAAACUUUUUGGUCUUCUAUAUAGAUUGAUGAUCUACUUAUCUAGAA